UGUGGGGAUCGGGCGGCGCGCGGUCCGCAUCGCAUCGCGCGGGGAGCGGCGCCGUUCGGCAGCACCAUGAAGGGCUGUCAGAACAAGUGCAUGGCUGGAGGGUGUUCAGAGGAAGCAACAAAGCACGUGACUGAAUCUUUCAAGGCUUCAGACUUGAUCAUCACCCCAGCUACGACUCUCAAGGAAAAACCAGACCCCAGUGGUUUGGUAUUUGGAACUGUGUUCACUGAUAAUAUGCUGACAAUUGAAUGGUCCUCAGCUUCAGGUUGGGAGAAACCUUGUAUUAGACCACUUCAGAACCUCUCCUUGCAUCCAGCCUGUUCUUCUCUGCAUUAUGCUACUGAAUUGUUUGAAGGAUUGAAGGCCUACCGUGGAGUGGAUGGCAAAAUCCGCCUGUUCCGGCCAGGCCUCAACAUGGACAGGAUGGCACGAUCAGCAAGACGAAUGACUCUGCCGUGCUUUGACCAGAAUGAGCUGUUAGAGUGCAUCCGGAAACUUGUGGAAGUGGAAAAGGAGUGGGUCCCAUACUCAACUGCUGCUAGCCUGUAUAUCCGUCCUACCUUAAUUGGAACUGAGCCUUCUCUUGGAGUGAAGAAGCCAACUAAAGCCCUCCUGUAUGUCAUACUGAGCCCUGUGGGUGCUUACUUUUCAAGUGAAUGCUUUGAUCCAAUAUCAUUAUGGGCAGAUCCGAAAUAUGUAAGAGCCUGGAAAGGAGGAACAGGAGACUGCAAAUUGGGAGGGAAUUAUGGUUCUUCUAUUUGUGCUCAGCAAGAAGCCCUGGAAUUAGGCUGCCAGCAGGUUCUGUGGCUGUAUGGAGAAGAUCACCAAAUAACCGAAGUUGGAACAAUGAAUCUAUUUCUCUACUGGGUAAAUGAAGAUGGAGAAAAUGAACUGGCAACUCCACCUUUAGAUGGCAUCAUCCUUCCAGGAGUGACAAGACAAAGCAUUUUGGAUUUGGCAUGCAACUGGGGAGAAUUUAAAGUGUCUGAGCGUUACAUCACUAUGAGUGACCUGACAGCUGCCUUGGAAGAGAACAGAGUGAAGGAGAUGUUUGGGGCUGGAACAGCUUGCAUUGUAUGUCCUAUCUCCAAAAUUUUGUAUAAGGGCAAGCAUUUGCACAUUCCAACUAUGGAAAAUGGACCUCAGUUAACCACCCGGAUCCUGAAUAAACUGACUGAUAUCCAGUAUGGAAGAGAAGACAGCGAUUGGACAGUGCUGGUGUCAUGAAGGUGGAAGAGUUCAGACCCUCCAGACAGAAUAAACACAAAUAAUGAUAAAUGUAGCUGCCCAUGCGUAGCCUAGUUUCUGCAUCAGUUUGCUCCCUGGGAUGAUUGUUUCCACAAUCCAGUGAAUAUGAACACAAUCAUUUUGUUUUCUACUGUAAUCUUGUUAGUAGAAACCUGUCUUCUUGGUAGAGGUGCUAAAUGUUAGCAAUAGAACUUUCCUGACGGUUUUCUUAGUGCCUCCUUGUGUCUUAUGUACAGUCUAAAAACUUGUAAAAUGCUCUUCAACUGCUCUUCAGUUUGUUUGGUUUAUUUUAACUGCCAUCGCCAGCAGAGCAAGUUGUAUCAAGCAGAGAAAUUGCCUGUUAGUUGUCCACAGGGUUCUAUUGCCAUUAUUCUGCCUUUUGCUCUGUGUUCAAAAAACAAUUAAGUUUAACCACAUGCUCUGUCCUUUUCUAACCUGCUUGUAUGAGAAUUCCUGAAUUUUCGUAGCCUCACAGAUUCCUUCAUCCAUAUUCUGUUAGAUAAUGACUCCACCCUGUAGCCCAGAUGCUUAGCAUGGAUCUAGCAUGCAACAUCUACUUGUUGGCCUGCUACUUUUACCUCUGUGGAGAUAAGCAGAGACUGAUAGGGCAGGACAUACCUCACUAGCAGUUGAAUACAUCCUUCAGUACACGAUGUCCAGGGCUGAGCCAAACCAUACUGACACCAGAAUUGCCCUUUGUCUGGCAUAGCAGAGAUCUGGGAGCUGCUGACAUAGUGUCGCCUUCUGGGUGAGCGCGUUGAAAACACAAUUAAACAGCUGUGCUUGUAGAAGUUGAACCACUCUUCAUUUGGUUGAAGCAAGAGCGACCAAGCCUUUGGAUUGAGGAUCAAUUAAAUGGAUUUUCCUUCAACAUCCAGCCAACAUGAUUUAGAUCAGUAAAAAGUUUUCUUGUUCCCUUCACCACUCACAGGGCCUUUCUGUUUAAGGAACAAGUCAUGUUGUCAGCAGAAGUUAUCUGGCUCAAGGAGGAAAGGGAUUUAAUUCAACUUCUGUUUUUCAUUUUGAUUAAGUAUGAAGUUAUUCAUAUUCUGCUGCUAUUUGGGCUACAUGCUCUAUAUUACUUCUGCAGUGAGGGAAUUAACUUCUGCAAGGGUUCACUAAGAAAUGGCCUGCAAUAUUUAUUAGCUUUCUUUUUUUGCACAUGGAUUUGUCAAAUAGCUUUAGGAUAUCUCUAGCCAAAAAAGAUCGCUAUAUUCUCUAUCAAUAUUCCAAAGUGCUACUUCAGUGUAAAACUGGUGGAACUUCUCUGACACUAACAGAGUUCUAUAAGAAGUGAAGGUAAAACGUGCUUUGCAGUUGGGAUACACCAAUAUUAAGGGAAAUUCUUAGCACUUUAUUUUACUUUUUUUUAAAGAAGAUUCAACAGUAUUUCUCUUGCUUUAUAGAUUCUUUGUAAUUACUGACAUUCGUUAACAUAAUUUAAAAAAGCAAAACAUAAUUUCUAAUAGACCACCCAUGCCUUAUUACAGCUGUUGUAGGAUCAUAAUGUAUGGCGCUUAUGUUUAGGUUUUUUGGUGGGGGUUAAAGACAACCCAUACUUAGCCAUCAGUUACUUUGCUUCCUCAAAUCAUGACUUUUGCUGUCUUUCACAGUGACCCAAUCUGAUUUUUUUUAAUGAAGAGCAGUUGGAGGUUCUCUUUGGUAAUGUAACUACUGUUAAAUUGUUGAAGAGUUUUCUCUUUAGAAUACAACUGCAAGCACAAAAUUUUGUUUCACAGUAGCAAUAGUACUGUGUGUUCACUUUUCUGACCAUCUGAAUCAGUAUAGUGUGCUGGUCUUUGUUCAGUAUCUUUAAUAUGUGCUACAAGCUGCUAGUAGUUUUCCAUUUUUCUUUAAGAAGAUGUGUGGAAAAAUAUGUCAAGGUGCAGAGUGGGGUAGGGAGUUUUAUCCAAUGAGGCAACUGUCGUAACUAAAGAGUGCCUUUAACGAAAGCAUGGCAUGGAGCUUUCUAUUACUGAAGUAUACAGUCCAAAUCCUUAUAUUCAUCUUGAAUUCAGCAGCAUAAGGAAAAGUUGUAAUAAUCUAACUUCAGAUGCAUGGAAAAGUGGAGUAUGAUACCUUCACAUCACAAAAUCUUGGUAGAGUUGAUGGGUAUCUCGUAUCAAAAAUCCCCAUGAAGGCAUGAGUGUACCAAGGUUAAUCUAUUCACUAGUCAGAAUGAGUAAGGACCAGUUUGAAGAAUUAUUUUACUGUGGUGCAGAACUUGAAAGUUAAUGUAAAGCUCUUCUUAAAUUGGAUGCAAAUAAUUUAAUGUGAGGAAACAAAAUAGUUUCACUUAUUUGGUUUGCACUGCUGCCUGUACUGACCAGGGAGACAUCUCUCCUUUUGUUGCACUUAUUGAACUGAUGGAGACUUCAGAAUUAUAAAGUUGAACCUGUAAUGACCCACAGAAAUGCACAGGCUUUUCUAGCUGCAAGAAUUAAAACAUAGUGUAUGUAUAGUCAACUGUUCUUACCAUUUGGUUACUUGCUUUAUUCUGGCUGUCAACUCAGCAUUGUGGUUGUUGCUAAAUCCAAGUGGAUAGAUUCUAGAUUUUAAACUUUAAAGCCUAAAUAAAGGGAGAUGUCAGGUCAGCACCACACAGGAAAUUCUUCUUGCAUGCUGUCCUAUCCUGCGUUCUGCCAUUGUUUUUUAUCCUGUUAACCAAAGGAAAGAAAUAAUAUGUGUAAAUAAUUGUGUUUGGUAUUGUGUUCUUCCUAUUUUUGCCUGUAAGAUUUAGGAGGGAACUGUGGUAUUCCCUGAGCUAGUAAUAGAUUGUAAAAGAACAUCUGCACAUCUGUCUUCCAUGUGCCCUAUUUGUUUAAUUGCAGUGAAUUUACAUAGAAAGUGAAUAGUACAUCAUAACUAGGCAAUUAUCCAUUCUUACUCAGUUAGUUAUGGUUCUGUUAAUUGAUCAUUUAAGAUUUAAGAUAAUCUAACAUUAGAAUUUGAGAUUGUUCAAAGAAGAUCAACAAAUUCAUGUUGUUGUCUGAUAUUUGCAUAAUUGGUUACAAUUAUUUAAUGUCUAGCUGGAUUGAUCAGUUGAGACUCAGCCUUUUCACAUUUGUGUUUUACAAACUCUGAUCCUUUAAAAUGAUAAUGAUGAACUCUAAUUUUCAUCUUUCUUUCCCCCUUCAGUGUUUUGAUUAUUAUUUUCAUUAUUGAGAGUGUCCUUAAUUUUCAUUUUGAUGAAUAUGAUUUAUGCUUGGGAAGGAAGUCCUUCAAAUGAGAAAACAUUUCAUAAAAUUGGCAUUUCAUACAGGCCAUUCUGAUGCCAAGAGUUACGGUAUCAGCAAUUGGUGUUACUUAACUAGAGCACUAAUAAAGGUCCUUGCUUAGAAUAGAUAAUCUGUUCAGCCCAUAGUGGUGCAAAGCAAACGUGACUUUUCUGGGACAUAGAAAGGAAAUCUGACAAGACAAAAGCCAAGACAGUGAGAGAUCUCUCUACCCAGCUACUUUACACCUGUCCAACUAUCUCAAUCCAAAAAGCAGUUAUCCUCCAUUGCGCUUUCUUAGAUAAACUCUUGUCUGGGUUGUACCUAAUUCAGUAGGGAGAUAUAAAUUGAUCAUUCCUGUAUACUGUAUACUUACUUUUCCACAGGUACUAUGGCUGUGCCAGACUUUUCUCUUUGCACAGGAAUCACCCUACUAAUAGUUGUAACGUCCCAGUGGCAGGCUUGUAUACUGAGAGGUGGGCAGGCAUAAAUGUUGGCUGAGUACACCCUGAAUCAACCAUUCUUUUCUGUCUUUUUCUCUUUUCCACAUAGAUUUGCAAACCCUUUUCCCCUUACUAUCGUGGUGUCACAUAAUUUCAUGGUUAUAAGGACUAAUUGUGCAUUAGUUUUAUUUUUAGCAGUGGUGACAAUUUACUUAAAAAAAAAAAAAGUGUUCAUCUUACAGGUGUGAUCAGGGAUCAGAAUUGCGCUUUACAAUCUGAACAUGUAAUGACUGAACAGACUGACACUGACUUUGUGACCCUGAACAAAGAAGUUCUAAUUUCUUUGUAAGUGCAGAGUAGUAGUAAUACCAAUCAUAUUGCUUUUAACUCUAAUCCAAAGUUAUUUAUUACAGAACAAAUAAGUUUCCCAGAAAGCUUUCUAAGCAGCAGAGAAUGAUGCCAAGUACAGUACAGUACUUCUAAUGUAGAAUCAUUAAACUGCAACUGUUCUGAAGGGACACCUUGUCACGUAGCAUUGAGACAGACUUCUUUAAUUAUCUCGGCUACAAAUUUUGUGAAUUGCAUUCUUUAGCAAUUAGGAGAUAUCAAGCCUCUGUUUUACUGUGUUUUAUCGCUACAUUCAAAAUUUGUAAAAAUAAUUUAUAAGUCUUGAAUCAUUGUUGAGCUGAGUCACUUCUUAAUAAAUACGUCAAUAGUUGUAGUCAUAAUAGCAAAAUAGAUUACCAAUAUUGCAUUGGUGGAAAACCAUGUUGCUGCUGUCAUUCUGCUUAUGCCUUGCUUUCAGCCUAAUAGUUAUUUGGAACUAUUUUCUCUUAACCAUGCAAAAUCUGAGUGCUGUCUAUGGCAAAAUUGGCAAAUAUGUCUAACUUCAUUAACAAAACUUCUGCAUUACUUUGAGCUUGACCAGUCAAGUACAUUAGGACCUAGCAGGUGUGCAACAAUACUGAAUUAGAGUAGUCAAGCCUUAGACAUAUAACAAAAUUAUGGCAUUAGUAGCUGAGAUGGAAAUAAAUAUCUUUGACCACAGUAGCAAGGUUUACCAUACCCAACAUUUCUAAAAAUAGUGGUGUUCAAAGUUAUUAGUAGAAAUAGUAUAGCUAAAUCUUUGUGCCUGUCUUUGGACACGAACUUACACCAUUUUUGCUUAUCACAAAACUUAAUUUAUUGUGUCUUAUUUCUAGCACAAUUCCUAAUUCUCAUGCCAUGCUUUAAAAAAAGAAAAAAGAAAGCGUUUCACGUGAACAGGAGGAUGUUAAGGAGAAUUUAAGACCUUUUGUAAAGAAUUUUGAAACUCUUUAAAAUAUCUUCCGGAUAAAGUUAAGGUAGGAGAAGACGACUUUAUAGAAAUAAGUAUACACCAUAGUGUACCGAAUGAUUUUCCAGUGCUUUGGAGUCCCUCACAUUAUGUUUCAUCCUCUUUUCCAGGGUCUGUUUUGUUAUUGACCAAAGAGAUGCGCAGGGAGAAGUAGAUAAAAUAAGCUUAGUGCUUUUUUUCUCCCAAGCAGGAGUCGGGAAAGUUUCUAAGAGCUGGUUCUCUUGAUAUUGCUAACUCUUUAGGACUCGAUUUUCUCAUGCUUGUAGCAGACAUUUUAGGUGUGAGAUGGAAGAGCUCAGAAGUUAUCUCAGGCAGUACUGACAUGAGGAAGCAGAUCUGUUUCCACUUUAUGAUCACAGUGAUCAAGAUACGAAUGGUAAGAAUUUCGCAUCUUUUUAAUAAAAAAUUGCUUUUCAUUUUAGGGCUGUGACACAGUGUCACUGAACUAUUAUCUUACAGUAUUAUAUCUCAAGAAAUUACAAGAAGAAUGCAAGUGUUCCUUUUAUUAUGUGAUCACCUUCCUUUAUGCCAAAUCUCUUCUUCGUUACGAUUUGGUCUCUGCUAUAACUGUGGUCUUUUCAGGUGAAAUACCAGAUUUGUGUUUUUUUUUUCUCUCUACUAUCCAGUUUUGGUGCCUGCUGGAUUAUUUUGAUAAGUGUAAAGUACUGGCAGCAAAUACCAGAGCAAAAAGUGAAAUGGAAGUCUUCUGCCUCCAGAGUAGAUGUGCUAGGAAUUAGUAAAAUUAUCUAUCUCCUUACUUCAGUCAAAAUGGAAGUUCAGAAGAAUAUAAUUACCAUUCCACUGAGUCCAAAACAGAGACUACCCAGGUAUACCAAAUGCCUAGCAGCAUGGUAGAUUUCUGUUCAUGAAUGCUCCUAUUCAGUUGCUUAAAUGCUUACAUCUGUGCCUAUAUUUUCAUAAUUUUACCCCUCGUAGCAUAGCUGAAACCUGCAACACACUUCUAUAUGCCAUGAAACCAUAAAAUAAUAGAUUAAAACAAACAAGUAUUGCUCCAGACCAUAUAAAACCGAGACACUGUUUUCUACAUGUCAGUGGCCUAUUUUGUUCCUGUAAUUUCUGUUUAUCUUCUAAUGGCCUAAUAGCUGACAGGACCUACGAGUAGAAGACCAUUAUUUCUGUCCCAUACAUGAGGAUGUUGACAAAGAACGAACCUAUUCCUUCUGUCUCCUGGAAAAUGGCUUUUAUGCUAGCUGGUGUCUACAGUAAAGAGUGACAGAAUGUCAGAUGUUCUUUGCCAUGAUGGAGACUUGAAGCUAUUUUAAACUAUUUCUAUCAGGCCAGUACAUUUGGAAAGAUAAAAGUCCCAGUCUACCUGACCUUCAAGGCAUUUAGAAGGAUGCAGUAGUAGUUCUUGGAAUGUAGCAUGUAAGCAGUGGGAAAUUAGCAACAUAAGGGUGAGAAGUAAACACCUCUGAAGGGUCUCUGUUGUUUUAAAUGUUAAAGUUAACAGGGUAUUUUACAAGGAUCUGAGCAUAUAAAAGCAGUAAAGGGCAGAUGUGUGAGAAAAUACUGGAUAAACUAAAGGAAACUCUACCUCAUUCUUCUCUAAAGGUUUUGUAGAAGCACAAUUAAACACUCCUAACGGCAUUGUUACAUACAGACCAUCUGGCAUGAAAGAAACACUUUAUAUUUGUAUGUCUAUAAAUCCUGUAAUAACUGUAUUUUGCUGGCAGUAGAAACAGUCUAUACUAUUUGCAGUUUUCCUCAUCAAAUCUGUAAUUAUGCAAUGUUUCUGUCUUCAAUAAAGGAAUUUAAUGGGCA